GUUCUCCUUUGGCUUUGCCGGGCGAUUUUUUUUUUCGUUCGUUCAGCGGCUGUCGCCCCAUAGCUUAACAUAUGCCGCUCUGAGCACGUGCGCGCGGUCAUCACCUGUUCCGUCGGUCGGUCGGUGAAAUCCAAAUCGCCGUUCGAUCUGGAUUUGCCCACCUCUGUUAAUACCCGUGUUUAUCGUUGUUCAUUAAUUAAUUACCCCAGUCACUAUACUGCUAUCUUUACACGCUACCUAAAUGCUCUGCAAAAGGCGCAAAAGGUGGCCCCGGCCAGUCGAUCGGACAGGCAAGCGCCAUCCACGCUGUCCAUGCGUUUGAACCAUGUGGACGACGAGGUAUAGGUAAUAAACUAUGGCACGAAGAUGGGGAAACCAGCCAGCCAUCAAAUCAGUAUACACGCACGUUGGCCUGGCCCCGACCAAGUACCACUACUAUCCCCACAACCAGCACAUCUACUUCCUGCCGGAGUGUGCGAUACAGCAGGUCUGCAAUGCCGUCUACGUCCGACUGAAUUACACUCAACCCCUGUGCGCCUGUCCCCCUCGCUAUCGAGACCCUUGCUCUGCUAGCCUGAACGAGGACGAUAACCACACGAUCAAGCUUGUCGGAAACGCUCAGCGAAAGGCCAUCACGCUGGCCAAGACCUGCGAGAACACUAGUGAACUGCGCGAGUGCCGCGCCCCCAAGGAUUGGUCUAUCUUAGCACUACAGAACUCUCGAACCGGAAAGUCGCAUUACUUGGUGAUUUGCAAGUGUCCUCCCCACUUCCGGCUAGAGGGUCCACUGGCUCACGAUCAACCGACGUACGCCGGUCUACCGGGAAUCAACGUGUACGGUAUGCUGUGCGUCCCACCGGAACCACCGGUUUCCAAACCGGCCAAAACACCCAGUUCUUCGUCCAUCUACAACAAGUGGAAGGUUCGGCCCUCGUCACCGGCCCCGUCCUACCGGUCGUUUCAGAACGCCAGCUCGGUGACGGAUUCAAACGACUACUAACCGAGUAGAAAUGCCACCAACAAAAUCAACUCCACUUUAACAUUAAUGUUCCAUAAACGUUCAUUAUUAGAGCAAUUAGCGAGAAAUUCCAUCAUUUCCAUCUAUGUAUAACUGAGCUAGCUUCAAUUUCGACAGUCAAAUCGAUCAGUCUGCGCUAAUAGUAUUUAUAUUUUUGUAUUUAUUAAACGAGAUGUUAAUUUUUUUUGUAAAUGAAGGCAACGGGCUUUCUGUUGAAAUUUGUUAUAUUGUCGGAAAAAAACGGAGAUAAAGUUGGGUGUAAGACUGCCACUAGAAGAUGACAUGUAGGUCAUCUAGUUUUACGCGACGAUAACCUUGGAAAAUGCUACAAAUGUUGCAAAUAUUUUGUACUGCUUUCCAGCAAAAAAAAGAAACACUAUUAUCACAUUUUAAAAGCAAGAUCUUAAUUAGUCAUCUUCUUGUAGUACAUGCACAGCGUGACUGCGAGACGACCUACAGUCGCUUCUCUCUCAUCACCGCACUGCAAGAAGCGCGAGAUGAUGAUUAAUUAACAGAAAAAUCUUUUUUAAAACCCCCUUUGUUAUUAGAUUUAGGAGGAAAAGAUAUCCUAUAAAAGCACGAACGCUGCAAGAAGACGACAAAAAAAAGCUGCACCCUAAUAAACAUAAUUGUUCGCAUCUUCUUUCCAUUUCCACCGGCAGCCACUGGCAUACGUUCAAGUAGGCCUUGCCCGAACACGCCCAGACAUACACGUGCGUGUAUUCACGCGCAUUGUGUUCCUGCCAUUUUCCCAUUGUUCUCUUGUCGGCAAUCGCCACGCCAUCUAUGUGGGAUCAUAGAUAAACGCAGCUGUCAAUGAAAGUAAACCGCACACGUGCUACCGAAGCGUCCAUCCCUUUUCCGGUGAACAAUUUCAACUCACUUUCAGGAAAAUAAUUGUGAACCCGCCGUCGCGUGGAAGUGGAAAGAAAACUUUAAGCAACAAGAAACUGGAAACAAUGAAAACGAGCAUCACUUACGCACGUAUACCCAGCACUGUAAGCCAAUUAUUACGUUAUUAUUGAAGGGCAAGAGUUUAAAUUCGUUUCAAAUUAUCUCCGCUAUAUUAAUAAUAGUCGUACAGUAAAAGAAAAAGAAAUGAGAGCUGAAGUCGAGACGUGAAUCGUAACAUUACCCAGAAAUAUGGAGAAAAAAGAAAGUGUCGAUGCAGAUGCGGUUUGUCGCCGGGGAGCUUGCUUCUAAUUAGUGCCACCAGAGUGCAACACUGAGCAUUAAAUUACACUAGUUUAAGACAUAUCAAAAACAAACAACAAAACUAACCAAAUUAACAAACAGCUGGAUGUACUCAAACUCAGAAUCAACGGCACAAUUUUCCCCCGCUUAGGACAAGCUUAACCUCAAUCUACGACGCACACUGAAAACGAUACGAGCAUAAUUGGACUUUUUGUUGUGUUUGAGUUCCAAAAAACCUAUUGUGAAUGUGAACUGCCGCGUGCUGCAGAAACAAAAACUUCCGCCGUGCAAAAUGAACCGCGGAAAGCGGAAUGGAUGAAAAUUUAGUGAUUUACUUUUUCCCGUCUCGACGAUUAAUUAGUUUUGCAUGGAAACUGUGCAGUGCAGCUUGCCAGCGAGUGAAGCAGCCUAUUAAAAAGAGAGUAACCUCUAUUGUACAUAUAGUCAUUUCCUAUUCGAUCUUCUCACGUCACUCACUUUUUUUUCUGUCUUGCUCUCAAUAUCAAUACACAUAACAUACGAAACGAAAUUAACGAUUAAUUGAAAGCGCAUUGUUUAGCUUUGUUCAAAACAAUUGUAUUUUUAACUUUUAAAAUAAUUAUUAGUAACGAUAUCUACCGAAUACUCCCGUAGAGCACAAUUAUGAUAAUCCUAUAAUAAUAAUGAUUAAUAAUGACAACCACGGUAAAAACAAAUCGAAUUAAAUGGAUAAAUAUGAUUACAGUGGUACAGCAUUAACAAUCAACAAGUGUAGUGCGAAAUGCAGAGACAGAAGAGAAAACAAUAAAGUAAAAAAA